AUUAAUAGCAGCAAUAGUAGACCCUAUCAGGUUUCUCAAGGAAGGGACUAACACACUCCCUCACACAUCUGUGCUGUGUAGAGCGGAGACACACCUGCAAACACAUACACUAGUGGAACCAAGGUAGAGACCGGAGACACACACACACACCUGUGCUUUGCAGAUUGGUGACACACCUGUCCAGGAAGAGGACACACUCAAACUCACCUGGAGUAUAUACUUCACUCUCCUGCUUCACCUCUUUCCUGUCUCGACUUAAGGAACAACAGGCCCAUCAAUACAGAGAUAGUGCCACUCUACAUUCUCCAGCCUUACCCUAGCCCACCUUCCAGUCCUAUCUCUAGUUGCAGUGAUGGGAGCAUGUAGGAGUGUUUGGAGGUUGGGGGGCUGCGCCAGGGUGGUGUUGGCCUGGAUCGGGGCUCUGUUGCUGGGGUCCAGCUUGGCCCUGCCUCUCCCUGCCACCUGUCCUAAGGGAGUCUCUCCCUUGAACCUGAUCCAAACACAGUACCAGUCAAUCCCAGGAGCAGACACAGGCUUCAUGUCCGGGGUCGUCCAGUCCUUCCUCCACACCGUCCAGCCCAACCCCUUCCCCAAAGAUCUGCUGGUUAAAUUAGUGGAGAAAGGGGGCAAUAUAUACGAUGACAAGAAGACCAUCAAUGAGGUCCUUCUCUAUGAAGUUGGUUUCCUAGUGUGUGCUGCUAUAGGGAUCGUGUACAUUAUCCUUAUGCCCCUGGUGGGGUUCUGCCUGGCCUGCUGUCGCUGCUGUGGACACUGUGGAGGACACAUGUACCAGGAACAGACUAAAGCUGUCCACUGUCACAGGAGAGGAUUAUACUGGGCUACACUACUCACAACACUAGUCAUACUUGCAGGGAACAUCUGCAUGUUCUUCACUAACCAGUUACUGAAAGUGAGUGUCGAGGACAGCUCUGUAGAACUCAACAAUAACCUGGACAACCUCCAAACCUACCUCACCGCUGUCCCACAGCAAAUUGACAGUGUGCUGAUAGAGAGCAAUAAGACAGUAGAUGAGGUUACCAGAAGCCUCAAUGACAUAGGUCCUCUGCUGGGCAGAGAGAUCCAGAGAAGUCUAGAGGGCCCCCUGAWCCCUGCCCUGAAGUCUGUCAGAGAUAUAGCCAAAGUGGUGAACCGUACCAGUGUCCUGCUGGUGGGGUUGAACUCUACUCUAACCCAGCUCCAGUCUGAUGUGACUGUGGUCCAGGCUAAUGUUUCCUCUGUCAGAGACCGCAUCAACAGCACACUGAGAGACCCUGACUGUAAUGGGUGUUCUGCCUAUCAGUCAGAGCUAGAGAAACUAACAUUUGACACCACUAUCACUAUCCCCAGUCUGAAUGAGCUGCAGUCGGGAGAAUACUUAUUUGCCAGUAUUCCCCAGAGAGUGACCAACGACACCAGGUACAUGGUACAGAAUGUGAAGCAGCAGCUUGAAGUCAUCAAGAGACAGAUAUCUUUGGUGAAGGGAUACAUCCCUGUCUCUGCCCUCAGCAAAAUCUCAGACACACUGGGAAAUGCUCAGAGAUACAUCGACAUGUACUCACCACAGGCAGAGUGGGUAGAGAUGAUCAGGUGGGGUGUGGGUAUUAUCCUGAGCUGUGUAGUUCUCCUGGURGUAGUGUGUAACCUUCUGGGUCUGUUUUUGGGUCUGGUGGGACUGAGCCCUCAAGACGACCCGACAGAACGAUCCGGCACCGCCAACUGCGCAGGAACCUUCCUAAUGGCGGGUGCAGGGCUAAGUUUCCUGUUCUCCUGGCUCUUUAUGCUGGUGGUGUUUAUACUGUUUAUACUGGGAGGGAAUGUCUACACACUGGUUUGCCAGCCCUGGCGCAGUGGACAGCUACUACAGUUUGUUGACACUCCGGGCCUGAUACCUGGAUUCGAUUUAAGAGAGAUACUGGGCCUGAAGAGCAACCUGACUCUCAUUGAAGUAUACAAUGAAUGUGAACAGAACAGGCCUCUAUGGACAACCCUCCACCUGUAUGAGCUCAUAGACCUCAAUGAUCUACUCAACGUAUCCAAAUACAGAGAAAAGAUUCAGCAACACUUUGACAGUAAUGAGAUCAAACUGCCUACCAUCACCCUGCUCACACCUGAGAUACGCAAACAGCUACACGGCUUCUCCGACAUGGUCCAUGAUGCUGACUUAAGCUCUGUCACACAGCAGAUCAACGUUAUUUCCAGCAUUAAUCUGACAGAAAUAGCAGGCAUGUUAGACCAACUUGCUACUGUUCAAAUUAAUACAGGUAUUCAAAAUCAGCUGACACAGGAGGCUGGAGGCCUGAGAGGGAUCCAGUCAGGCAUUGUCACUGCCAUCAUCCCACAACUGACUCAGUUGAACUCCAACAUAUAUGCCCUCAGUGUCAUAGCAUCAGAGAUCAAUGGCACAGUAGGAGAUGUGUUGAAUAAAGUGGGAACAGCUCAAGACUUCCUKAACACCAACACUACACAGAUAGUCAAGGCCGCAAGUAGGGAGUUCCUAGACUGUCAGAUGGGGUACUUCACGACGUAUGCUGACUGGGCUAACCUCACGAUCACUCAACAGAUUGGUCUCUGUGGCCCAGUGGCACAAGCUGUGGACUCAGCGAAGGUUGUAGUCUGCUCAAAUAUGAUGGAGUCUCUGAAUGCGUUCUGGUUCAGUCUGGGCUGGUGUAUGAUCUUCCUGGUCCCCAGCAUCAUCUUCUCCAUCAAACUGGCCAAGUUCUACAGGAGGAUGAAGCACAGCGAUGUCUACGAAAACCACAUAGCCAUGAACAUCCCCCCCCGAGCCAAACCCUACUGAGCUGGUGGAAAGAGAGGACUGGCAAGGGCUGUUACUGCUCUCAGGGAAUAGAACCAGGGCUCUGCCACCCCACCCUGACAGAGGGACAUGAAUGGGUCUAACGCWACAUGUACCACCUGAAUAGUGAUAUAUCAAAUAGGGUAGGUACAAGUUGCCGGCUUCAACAUAACGUCUAUAAUCAUGUCAUUGUGUUGUUUGUCUACAAUGUCAUUGACUUUUUGUUAUUUUUGAUAUAUUUCUUUUCUUCUAAUGAAUGAUAUUGAUUGAAAUAUUUGAUUAUGCAAUGAUACAAUUUUGUACCAGACAAUGAGUAGGAUAUGUGUUACGAAGCACUUUAGUAGGUCUGUUUAUAUAUGAAAAACAUUUCUGACAUGCAUUGUGCAAACUACUGUGAUUAAAGAUUUGCUACAAAUAGAGA